AUGAAGGAGACAGCAGUUGUGGCUUGUUUGCUGGCUGAACUGUCUCUGGCUGCCUUUGCUCUGGCCUCUCAGGGGGCCACUCACUGCCCUGCAUUGUGUCGAUGUGAGAUACGACCCUGGUUCUCACCCAGCUCUAUUUACACCGAGGCUGCCACCGUGGACUGUAAUGAUUUGGGCCUCUCGGUGCUACCGGAGAGACUCCCCUCGGAAACAGAAGUGCUGCUGCUGCAGACGAACAACAUUGUUAACGUGGAGAAGGCUUUGGAUUACUUGGACAACAUCACUGAAAUCGACUUGUCUCAGAACAACAUUUCUUCGCUGGGCGAUGUUUAUCUGGGGUCUCUCCCCCAGCUGCUGUCACUCCACAUAGAGGAGAACUGGAUUCAGGAGCUAUCGGACAGCUGCCUCGCUUCCUUUCCCAACCUCCAGGAGUUUUACGUUAACCACAAUCUGAUUUUCUCCAUUGCCCCCGGAGCAUUCCAGGGCCUGGACAGGCUGCUGAGGCUCCAUCUCAACUCCAAUCGACUGACCAGCAUCAACAGCGAGUGGUUCCGGCAUCUCCCCAGCCUGGAGAUACUGAUGCUGGGAGAAAACCCCAUCAUAGAGCUCUCGGACAUGAACUUUAAACCCCUGGGGAACCUACGAAGCCUCGUGCUCGCCAAGAUGAAUUUGACCGAAAUGCCGGACAAUGCUUUUGUUGGUCUCGAAAGUUUGGAGAGCAUCUCGUUUUUUGACAACCUGCUCAAUCGAGUCCCUCAAGUGGCGUUGACUCGAGUCCAGAACCUGAAGUUCCUGGAUUUGAAUAAGAACCCGAUUGAGAGGAUUCAAAGAGGUGAUUUCAUGGACAUGAUGCAUCUCAAGGAGCUCGGCAUCAACAGCAUGCCCAAGCUUGUGUCAAUCGACAGCUUUGCCCUCAACAACUUGCCCGAGCUGACAAAAAUUGAGGCCACAAAUAAUCCCCGGCUGUCCUACAUACACCCGAGGGCCUUCCACAAGCUUCCCAGACUCGAGACUCUGAUGCUGAACAGCAACGCUCUGAGCGCGAUCCACCGCAGCACCGUGGAGUCCCUGCCCAACCUGCGAGAGGUCAGUCUGCACAGCAACCCUAUCCGCUGCGACUGCGUCAUCCGCUGGGUCAACAUGAACAGGACCGCGGUUCGGUUUAUGGAGCCUGACUCUUUGUACUGCGUCGAGCCACCGGAGUACCAAGGCCAGCGCGUCCAACAGGUGCACUUCAGGGAGAUGACAGAAAUCUGCCUUCCCCUGAUCUCACCUGGGAGUCUCCCGGUGCGCGUCGAAGUCAGCAAAGGGAGGUCUGUGUCGCUGCACUGCCGGGCGUUUGGAGAACCGGAGCCUCAGAUUAUCUGGGUGACACCAGCGGGCGACAGGGUCCUGCCUGGGAGUGUGUCCGAUAAGUACUACAUGCACCCCGAGGGAAGCUUCGAUCUCUACGAUGCCACGGAGCAGGAAGCGGGCUCGUACACCUGCAUCGCCCACAACCUUGUCGGGGCAGACAUCAAGUCCGUGCUGGUUGCGGUGGACGGAUACGUUACCCAGCCUUCAAAUCGACCUCUACAUGUUUAUAUCACGUCUGUCCAGUCUCAUUCUGUGAGGGUUUCCUGGGAGAGUGCGGGGGGAUUGGUAUCGCAACUAAAUUGGUCCGUUUUAGCCGACGGCAGCAGCCUCUCGGCGCCAUUCACAGCCAGGCUUCCCUCUGAUGUCAAAGAGUACCGCAUCAAGCAGCUGAACCCUUCCACUCGCUACCAGGUUUGUGUUGGGGUCACUGCAGCACAGCCUGGAUACAGCAGGGACUGUGUCAACGUGACCACAAAGGUGGCACCGAUCCCAAGGGAUAAAAGUGAGAACUGGGACAGUCUGGUGAUGGCUACCUGCGCUGUGUUUUUCAUCGUGGUUGCCGUGGCUUGCUCCGUCAUCUAUACGUCUCUGUCCAGCCAAGUGUUUUACAGGAAACUGAUAGCAGACCCGGCUGAAACGCUGCUGAUUCCCAGCACUCAUUCCUUUUCCUCUGCUUCUUCCGAUUUCCUGGAAUCUGGCGCGUCUGGGAUCAAGGUGAGGGCCACUGUAAUAGACUUACCGGACGACUCCAUGUAA